AUGGAGAAGAUAACAUUAGAAGGUAGAGAAGAUAGUGGUAAUACAGCUUCUGAAGAAGUUAAGAUAUCACUGGAGAAAAUUUUAAGCCGCAAUAAUAUAUUAAAUGAUGUACUUUUACAGGAAAAAUUUGAUAUUAAGAAGAUGGCAAUUUCACUAUCUUCUAUCUUGAGCUUACCGAGAUUUCAAAGUCUUGGACUAAAGUACUUUGCAUUAAGUAAUAAUGGAUAUGCAGACGAACAAGAUCUGGUACAUGGUAUCUUAAACUCAUCAGAUAAUAAGAAGCAAUUGAAUAAUAUUAACGAUCCAUUAUUAGAUGCAAGUUCAAGUAGUGUAAUUACAGAACCAUGUAUGAAUGAAUUGAAUUGUAAUUCCAGCGCGAUAGGAGAUAGUAACUUGUCUACAUUAACAGUUGAUAUUGAAGAAAUGACGAUAAAUGAGGAGACUAGGAAGAUUGAUGAAGGCAAAUUUAUGUGUACAUUAGUUGAAUGCUCUAUAGCUUCAUCUUUAUUAGAUUUAUGUUUAUGUAGUAAGGGCGUGGAAAUUACAAUAACUAAAGAGGACAUCUCAAAAUAUAAAGAUAUUCUUGAUAAGGAGCAUAUAAAGGAGAACUGUGAUAAUAUUUAUAUCAAACCAACUUUCCAUAUUGAGAGAACAACCCUUAUAUUAAGAGAAUUGGAUCCCAAUAUUACAGAGAAUAAUAUACGUGCAUUACUAACCAGAUGUCCUCAUUUUACUGAUAUUGACAAUAAUUCUGCACAAGUUUUGGAGAAAUAUAUUGCAAAUAUAAGGAAAGAGGUCCAUGACACUUGGUUUGUUACUUUGGUAAAUGAAGACUUAGUGACAUCUGUAGCUCUAUGGCUGCGAAGUCAGAAACUUGGUAAUAAGUUACUGCGCGUUGGUGUAAAGUCAGAACAUCCAAUUGGUAGUUUACUAUCUAUAUUAUCAACUCAUAAACCUAAUACUAUGAAUAAGAUCUCUACAAAUAAUAUAAAUGGUAAUGUAAAUAUUCAUCAGAAUAAAUUGAAUCAAAUAAAUACCCUUAACUCUGGCAACAAUUCCCUGUCUCAUUCUUCUAAUAAUAGCACCUUUCAUAAACAUUCGCCCAUACCAAAUCCAAUUAGUUUGCAUAAUCCAAUGAAUUUAUACCCUUCUCAAGUAGUGUCACCUUUUUUAAUAAUUAAUAACUCUAACAUGAAUGAUACUUGCAAGAUUUCUUCAUCUCCUACUAAAGAUAUAAAUAGCAUGUCAUAUAUGAAUACAACUAAUAUUAUUGGUCCCUAUACAAUGUAUAGUGGAAGUGAAGCAAACAUAACAAACAUUGCAACUUUAUCUACUUCACCCUAUUAUAUUCAAUAUGGAGCACUAGGACAAGCUAUUCCUCCAUUUUCAGCAACAUGUGCACCUGGACAGAGUCUACCUCCACCACCUCCCAAUUUAACGGACAGUGUGGAAGAUUCACUAGAAGAUAGAGAAGUCAAUUUCAGGAUUAAUUCUGUAGAUUCGAGGGAAAUCAAUUCAAAUUGUAUAAAGGCCACCAAGGGAUACGAUAUACCCACUGAAAAUAAUGAAGAUAUAAAGGAUUCAAGUGACAAGAAAAACCAAUUAAAUACUGACACUAAAGGCAAGUCACCAAUAAUGCAUAACCAUCCAAUCGUAAUAUCUCCUCCACCUUUGAAUCCACCAUACUUAACACCUUAUGGUACUUACUAUACAGCUGCAAGUCCAAAUAUCCCUACUGUAAUAGCUAGUGUUCCACAAACAUCAUUAUUUGGGGCAGUACCAUCUAUACAUUGUGGUCACCACCCACAUCCUCACCAUCCUACAGGUCACUUUGGUGGGCCUAGAAACAUAUCAAAUACUAAGAAUAAUUAUAUUGCAAAGGACAACAUGACUCAUAUAAGUAAUGCUAAUCAUCAUGGACGAUUGCAUAAUAGAAAAGUGAACUAUAAUAGAAAUAAUAGUCGAAGGAUAUCUUCACCAAAUAACAUAUCUUCAAAUACUAACAAGUCAAAUAGAUCAAUUAACUCAAAUAAGAAGAUAAUUAAUAUUAAUGAUGACAAUAAGAAUGACAGCAACACUAAUAAGAACAGUGGAAGUGCAAUAGAAGUAGAUGACCUUUUAGCUAGAACUGAAAAGAAUGAAUGUGUAACAUUUAAUAAUAGAACUGAUGAAUGCAAUGCUUCUGAAACUACUAACCCAGUAGAAACAGUUAGCAAUGAUAAAAUUAAGAGUAAUGCAAGUAAUUAUACCAACACUUCACCUAAUAUUUCUGGCAAGGGACAAAGCUUUAAACAUGAGGAUAAUAGAAUUCAUGGAAGAACGGUGCAACCAGCAUAUAAUGUAAGUGGCAAUAUUCGUAAUUCUGCACAUAAAAGACCAGAUAGUCAUAAUUCAAAUUACUAUUUUCAAUCUAAUAACAUAAAAAAUAACAAAGGUGAUGUAAAUGAAAGCUAUGCAUAUCAGAGCAAUUUUCGAGGGAAACCAAGAAAUGUAGGAGAUUUCUUGAAUUUUGUUGGAGGUAAUAGCGAGGUUUCAAAUUCCGCAAAUAUUCGCAGCUAUACACAGAGUGAUUCCAACAAUGCAAAGUGGACACCAAAUACUGAUCACCGUCAGACAACAAGUGGUGUCAUUCCAGAUGCUGGAGGCACAAAUUCACGCCUAUCAAAAACGUCUCACGGUACUUUUGUAGAGUAUUUUCCAUCUUUAUCUGAUGCUCUUAAGCAACCGAAAGGGAUGAAAAAUCCGAAUAAUGAAGAAUAA